AUGCCCAACCACACACCCCCCCACCCCCCGCGCCCAGCCCCACACGCUGAACGGAAUGUCCCGGAGCAACGGCACCCCCUCUCUCCCGGCUCCUCCACCUCUUCCUGUUCCCCCCAAAGUCUCACUCCUCCUCCUCCUCUAGUCACCAACCGCCAUGCCUCCCAGUCGUGCCCCAUCACAACCACCCAAUAUAUAAUGAGAGUACCUCCGUUGACCGCCGUAGAGACGCCACCUGUACAGACCCAGAUCGACAGCGCCGGUCGAGGAACCACUCUAUGUGGAUCUCAUCAAUGCCACAGGGACCAGCGGGAGAGCCACACAAGCAACGUCUCACUAACCCUCUUCCGUCGCAGCGCUCCCCCAAUCUUUCCGGGCACGGCGCGUAAUACACCAGGACCCAACGCGCCGAAUUCACCCCCCCCGCUUACCCUCAAUCCAACCGAAGCGCACCGGAACACCCCUCCAGCGGCCGCCGAAGCUCCCCCCAAGACUAUCGCCGUUUCUCCGUCCGCGCUCCUCCCAACUCAAACCAAGCCCGGACAUCCCUCGACCCCGAACAUCAACGCAAACAAGCGAGCUACACCCAAGCGACGCGAAAAGUCCGCCCGCGGGGCUCGCCGAGGCCACCGAGCUUCCCAGCACUUCAACCGUCAUGACACCACCGGACACCCCCGAUCCACCGUCACCCCACGGCCACAAGCGCCCCAGAAAGUAAACCGAGCAUCCACGCCCCACCGCAGCGUACGCUGCCGCCAAGUAGCGAUGUUCGAAGAGUCCGCGCGGGUCCCAGCACUCCCCCGCGCCGGCCAUCCAGGAAAUCUCCGCCAACAGCUCCCACACUCCUCACCCCUGCCAACGGCCCGCGCACGAUUUCGGUCCUUCGCCAACACGCCUUAA